CGACACGAUUUGCCAGGACGUCCGCGGCGGGUGCUCUAGAAAAGGAUAGCUGGAGAAACGCCAGCAGCUAACGCCAGAAUCGCUGCUGUCACAGUUUCCACCUAAGUCGAAGGAAAACAAGUCAAAAGGCUCGUUCAAGUGGCAGUUGCUUUUUUUUGGGCCAAGCCAACGGUUCGUUUCGUGUGUGCGCCUUUGUGAAUGUGAGCCAGUGUAUCUGAUCGGACCACUAUGAGCGACCGAGGAGCCCGGUAAUGAUGAUAGCAUGACGCGUGACGGCGAAAUUCCAGCCAUUUUCAAUCCGAAACGGGUGCGCACUCCUUCAGUGGUGGUCACCGGCGACUCUUCGACGAAUGGCCCGUACAACAGCAGCAACACUGGCGGUGGCGGCGGACCGGGAGCCAGCAGCAGCGCAGCCGGAGUCGUGGGAGUCGUCAUGGGAGCUCCUGGAUCGUCUGCCCCAAAUGGCAGCGGUAGCGGGGCAACAGGCAGCUGCGGCUUCAGCAACGUGCUCACCUCGAGCAACCCGCAAAUAACCCACCAAGACUCGAUCUCGUCGAGCCAACAGGACCCCAAUGAGGUGAUCAUCAUACCGGCGGACACCCCCACGAGCGCCUCCCACAAUGCAGGGCACCACUUCGGCGGCGGCGACUCCGGCGACACGCAGAUGGAGCAGCAGCAGGCCAAUGGCCACGGGGAGGAGCCGGAGCUGCGUUUCCGAAAGCUGCAGGCCUGCAAGGAGUCAUGCUGCUCUGAACUGGCCCGCAAGAUGUACUUUGGAGUGUGCGUGACCAUCCUGAUGACCGCCUCGUGGGUGGGAGCCACCCACUGCAUUAAGUAUAUGUACAAGUACCGUGCUCCGUACGACGACUUGCUGAACGACGACCAGGACACGUCCUCGAGCCGUGCCGAUUUGAGCACGGAGCUGGAGGACAUACUGGCCAUCAGCGACUCGUCGCUGCACCACGUCGAGGACGCCACCGAGAUGUUCAACAUACCACCGCGCCAGCCGGUCUACUUCAGUGCCCCCUUCUUCGCCGCCUGGUUCUUCACCAACUUCUCCCUGCUCUUCUUCCCCAUCUACAUCCUGGGUCUGGUCUCCACGCGCAAGUGCGAGAAGCUGAGCGAUAUCCUCGGCGACGUGAUACGUGGAUUCCGGGAGCGCGGCUUCACAGUGGGUCGCUUCCUCAAUCGCUGCCUCUGCUUCUGCAUUUUGUGGCUGGUCACCACCUACCUGUACACUCUCUCCCUGCACGUCCUCUACGCCACGGAUGCGCUGGCCCUUUUUGCCACCAACGUGGCCUGCGUCUAUCUUCUGUCCUGGGUGAUCCUGCAUGAGCAGUUCGUGGGUGUGAGAAUCGUGGCCAUCAUCCUUUGCGACACGGGAAUAGCGCUGCUCGCCUACAUGGAUGGAAUCACGGAAAGCCGAACCCUGAGCGGCGUGGUCCUGGCCACUUUGGCCGGAGCAGGCUAUGCCGUGUUUAGGGUUAUGUUCCGCAAGGUGAUGGGCGAUCCGCCGGUGAGCCAAAUCGCCUUCAUAUUCACCGCCCUCGGCUUUCUGAACGCCCUGCUGCUGUGGCCCGUGGUGCUGGGACUCUACCUGACUGGCACGGAAAGCCUGUCCUCGGAGAGCAUACCCUGGAACCUGCUGUUCGCGGCGAGCCUCCUGCUACUCGUUUUCCACGUUCUGAUGCAGUUCAGUGCCGCCGUUACGUACAACAUGUUUGUGACAUUGGGUCUGAUUACCGCUGUGCCCGUUUCUGGUGCACUCGAUGUCAUACUGUACAGUGCGAACUUUGCGGGCAUGAAGCUGGCCGGAGUCAUUCUGAUUGGCAUCGGGUUUUUCCUCGUUAUGUUCCCCGCUAACUGGCCAGACUAUAUAACGCGAUUAUUGCGAAGCAUCAUAAUGCUGGGUCACAAUGCGAGCGGUAGGCCAGCGCUUUGUAAACGAGAUGCUAUAGUCACCGGACCGUCCACCAGAUAUGCGCAGCGGCACAUCACGCGCACGCACCACAUAAGCUAAGAGUUUCGGACGGGUCACUGAAUUGUACAGAAAACAAAAACCAGAACAAGACAAGAUAUAUUUUGUAAAAAGAUUUUCCAAAAACAAAAAAAAAUGAAACUAAUACCCAAAGAAAAACUCUGAAACUCAAUUGCACCACUUGCCAAUCUGGGGUAAGUACGAAACUUGAUUGAUUUGCUAGCGAUAAGUACUACAAGGUACAGUUGACACCCGUAGAAAUAGUCCUUUAUCAGGCAUCACCUUAAUUCUUAUAUUUUUAUCUUUUUUUGAACAUCCCUUCAAGUUAUGCGUUCUCUUUGUCUCUUCCCUAUCUGACUCUCCUUCUGUCUGGACUCUUUUUGGAUUUUCAACUCACAGAUCGCAGCAUAUAUAUGCUACCCAUUACAAACACAAUCGAAAGUAUUACGCGGUCAAAACCGACAACAUAUGAAUGUUGUUUGAGCCAAUCGCAUGAAUGAUAAACCAAACCGGCGUGUGGCUUCCGACUGUUUUUGCUUAGGCCCUCGGCCACUGCCACGCCCUCGCAUCUCCCCCAAAAACCCAAAAAGUUUUUACAACUGUUAUGCGACUGUUAAGAACACUUUUGUACCAAACUACGUUAAGUACCAUUCAAGUUUCCAACUGGGAAACUAAAACGAACAAACGGUGAGAGCCCCUAAAAAUGAAUUUUUGAUCAGCUCUUAGAAUCACUAGCCUCACCCUCAAUUCCCAUGUACAGCUCACCAAAUCAACACCAAUUCAUUAGAUCAAAAAACUUUGAAAAGUAUUUAAAUCUUUUUUAAGUUAUGUUUGCAUUGUAAUGUUUACAGCUUGCCUAUGUUGUUGAGAAGUAUCUUUACUAGUCAGGCUACUUAUGAACUUUGGAGAGCACAGCUUAAUGUAACUAUUUGUGGCACCCGUAACUUGAUCUACCCCGCUUAACCCCCAACACUCCUCACACCGACAACCACACACACAACACACACGAUAAAUUUGUAUAUAACACACACAAAACAUCAGUAAAAAAUCAGUAAAAAGUCUUAGCGCUUAGGCUAUUGUAUCUAUGCACUGCAGACACGGUAUCCCACCCGGAACCCAAUUCCCGGGGAGUCCUGUCCCCUGCAGUGCCUAGCCCAAAAUGAUAUAGUCUUGCAAGCGCUUACUCUAUGUAAAUGUGAGUGUAUGUAGCGCCUUAGAGUUGAACACCUAAGAAAUGCCUAGAAAGUAAAUCAAACUAAUGCCAAACAGAAGAGAACUUUAACCAGAUAGCUAGCCCGGCUGAUACUAACAUGUGACACUUUGUCUUUACCACCCAAAAAAACACAAAAAAAAAAAUAUCUCCCCAAACACAAACUCU